ACAGCUAAAGAGCAGAACUGUGCUCAACUUUACAAAGCUGGGGAAAGAAUCAGUGGUGUUUAUACAAUCGACCCUGAUGGUCAAGGUGCAUUUGAUGUGUUCUGCGACCAAACAACAACCGGAGGGGGGUGGACAGUGUUCCAAAAGAGACUGGACGGCUCGGUUGAUUUCUACCGCGGCUGGGCUGAUUACAAGCGAGGGUUUGGUAACCUGAAUGGCGAGUUUUGGCUUGGAUUGGACAAGAUUAACCGGCUGACCAAAUCAAAUAACAGGCUUCGAGUUGAUCUGGAGGACACUACAGGCAAAACCGCUUACGCUGAAUACGACAUGUUUGCUGUUACAAGCGAGAGGACUAAGUACCAGCUUAGUUUAGGAACUUAUUCAGGUGAACUAAUGACACAUCGCCCCCCCUCCCCGCCCAAAAAAAAAAUUGCAUUCAGUGUUUUAUUAUUAUCGUUUAGGAAAUCAAUCAAGAUAAAGAAUUCCCUUUGUUUACCAAUCUGGUGAUCAUGACAGAGAUAAAUACAAAUUUUACAGGAACAAAGUCUCAAUGCUCAUACGUCUAAGUAAAAAAAAACGCAUUUCCACAAAUAUUUUGAGGAACCUGAUAUCACUAAUGCUGAAAAAACAUGGCAAGGCAUAAGUGAACUCAUAAAUCGACAGAAGAAGAAACAAAAAGCUAUCUUUGCUCUAAAAUGGCCGAGAAGUAAUAAGCUAUUAAAUGAUCCGACUGAGUUUCCAAAUAUUUUCAAUAAUUUUUUCUCGUCAGUCUUAGAAAUCUCCCAAAACAACGCUUUAAAAAGAAAAUACAUGACUGCUUACUUCAAAUCCUUUCACAAACAAACGAUUAUCCUGAUCUACCUACCUUAUUAGGACAUAUGCAGCAAAUUCAAAAUCGUCCGUAAUUCACCCACUUGUUAUCUUUGCAAUCAUCUUAAUAGUGUACUUGUAAGCUUCUGACUUUGUAUUCCAGUUAAUCUCAGCUAUGUUUUUAACGUAACCUUUGUGCUGUUCCGUACCUUUUUUAGAACUUAAUAUAUUUAUAUAAGCUUAAAUAACUUUUGUUGACCUGUUAAUUUAAUAUAAUGCCAUGUGUGCGUAUUUUGUUUUAUAUAGACACUGCCCACCUAGACUAGCCUUUUCUAUUUGUGGGCAGUGAGAAAAUAGAAUUGUAAAUAUCUAAAUAUCUGAAUAAACCAACUUCACUAAAAACAACCAACAACACUAAGUUUAAUAAUUAAAAAAAUUAUUAAAAAAAUGUCUCUAUGGGCUUUCCUUGACUUCGUCAUGGUCCUUAGUUAUCUCUACAGCUUAAAUUCCCCAAAGGGACCUUUCUCUUCCACUUCAAUACUACACAUUAUAUUCAGAUUUUCUAUUUAAAAUUUCAAAAAUUCCUGGUAAAAUUCCCUUGCAUUAAUUCUAGGAACCGCUUGCGACUCUUUUUCUCAACAUCGAGGCGCGUUGAAGCUCUUGUAUCAAUUCACCAUGACUAUAACAAAUCUUGUGAUUUUUUAAGCAUUUUUUUUGUUUUCAACUUAAAGCACAAGUUAUUCCGACGGUUGUUUGCAAGCAGUGACUUAAAAAUUAUUCAAUUACGCGCGCACGAUGGAUUUUACUGUCCAGUUACUGAAGGAUGACCCGCACCGUCCUAUUACCCUGUCCUAUUAAUGCUAAAAUAGGAACAGCUGAUAGCCAAUCAUAUUCGUGAAAUUGUUACAGUUUUGUUGAUAGUAAACCAGUCUUGUGUAUUUUUUAGGAACCGCUGGAGACUCUUUUUCUUGGCAUCGUGGCCAGCCAUUUAGCACUAAAGACCAAGAUAAUGAUAGCUACAAAUCAAUAAACUGUGCUGUGUACUACAAAGGAGCCUGGUGGUACAAAAACUGUCAUGAGUCCAACCUUAAUGGUUUGUAUCGCCAUGGUUCACAUUCAUCGUAUGCUGAUGGCGUCAACUGGCGUGCAUGGAAAGGAUAUUACUACUCUGCCAAGAGAGCUGAGAUGAAAAUCAGACCGGUGAACUUUUAG